CGUCGAGAUUAACUCGGUCGAGAGACAUUGUUCUUUCAAUUGAGCUUUUCCGAAUAAAUCAUAAUUCCUUAGGGAAUGAAUCCUCAGGGAAAAAGGGCCCACCCUCCUCUGAUGCUCAAUCUUCCAAGAAUGUAUAUAAAGAAGAUUUCUGCAAUGCUGAGCUUCCCAAGUCGAGCAGAAACCAAAACAUCUCCUCCCAACUGAAAUUGCUCUCUUCCCUUUCAUCUCAAAAGAAUUGAAGAAAAAAAGGGAAAGAGAGAAUUCUUUAUUUCCAGAAAGAAACCGAAUCUCAAUACCAAAAGCUCUUCCAAUUCCAUUACACCUUCCCUCACCCUCCCUUCUCCACCAUAACCAUUACCAUUAGAUCUGAAUAUCUUAUAUAAGCAUAUCAUUCUGAGGGAGGGACAGUCAUCUCAUCUCAUUUCAUCUCAGGAUGGCUCCUUCGAAAGCUCAGCUGUGGAAGAGUAAAAUGCUGAUGACAACAGCGGGGCUGCUUUUGUUCCUGGGCUGGGUUGCUUCAGUUUCUUGUUCGGUGACUUAUGAUGGCAAAGCUCUUAGCGUCGACGGGAAGAGAAGGAUUCUGAUCUCGGGGUCCAUUCACUACCCGAGAAGCACUCCGGAGAUGUGGCCUGAUCUUAUAGAGAAGGCCAGGAAUGGAGGGUUGGAUGUCAUCGAGACAUACGUGUUUUGGAACGGUCAUGAACCGUCUCCAGGAAAGUAUUAUUUCGAGGGUAGAUAUGAUCUAGUCCGUUUCAUUAAGCUGGUUCAACAAGCCGGCCUCUAUGUUCAUCUCCGAAUUGGCCCUUACGUCUGUGCUGAAUGGAACUUUGGAGGAUUCCCCGUUUGGCUGAAAUAUGUUCCCGGGAUCGAAUUCCGGACGGACAAUAAGCCGUUCGAGGACGCGAUGCAAAGUUUCACCUCGAAGAUAGUCAGCAUGAUGAAGGCGGAGAAUUUAUUCGAGCCCCAGGGCGGUCCCAUAAUUCUGUCCCAGAUAGAGAACGAGUACGGACCAGUGGAGUGGAAUCUCGGUGCACCGGGUAAGGCAUACACGAAAUGGGCUGCGAGCAUGGCGGUUGGACUUGACACCGGGGUCCCAUGGGUUAUGUGCAAGCAAGACGAUGCUCCUGAUCCUGUCAUCAACGCCUGCAAUGGCUUCUACUGCGAAAAUUUCAAACCGAAUGCGGACUAUAAGCCAAAGAUGUGGACUGAGGCCUGGACCGGCUGGUACACCGACUUCGGUGGGUCCAUUCCUUCCAGGCCAGUAGAAGACUUGGCAUAUUCGAUCGUACGAUUCAUCCAAAAUGGCGGCUCAUUCGUGAAUUACUAUAUGUAUCAUGGCGGCACCAACUUCGGGACGACUGGUGGACUCUUCAUUGCCACCAGCUACGACUAUGAUGCUCCCAUCGAUGAAUAUGGGUUAGUAAGGGAACCGAAGUGGGGGCAUCUGAGAAAUAUGCAUAAAGCCAUUAAGCAGUGUGAAUGGGCUUUAGUUUCUGCUGAUCCAAAAGUUACAUCCCUUGGAAGUAAUCAAGAGGCUCAUGUGUUCCAACCCAAAUCUGGUUCGUGUGUGGCUUUCCUCGCAAACUAUGAUCCAACAUACUCGGUUAAGGUCAAUUUCGGGAAUGGACAAUACGACUUGCCCCGUUGGUCUGUCAGCAUCCUUCCAGACUGUAAAACUGAGGUCUUCAACACCGCAAAGGUCAAUGCUCCAAGCUAUCGGCCGAGGAUGAUUGCCGUAGACGGUUCUUUCUCUUGGCAGUCGUACCUUGAAGAAACAGCCUCUGCUUUUGCAGACGACACAACCACAAUGGUGGGCCUGUACGAGCAAUCAAAUAUUACCCGAGAUUCUACAGACUAUUUGUGGUACAUGACAGACAUCACAAUCAAACCUGGUGACCUGACGUCAGGGCAAGAUCCUUUCCUCUCCGUUGCAUCCGCGGGGCAUGUCUUGCACGUUUUCAUCAAUGGUCAACUCGCAGGGACCUCAUAUGGGCACCUGAAUAUGCCAAAAGUAACAUUCACCAGCAAUGUGAAGCUGAGGGUUGGGAUCAACAAGUUAUCGUUGCUGAGUGUCACCGUUGGGCUUCCGAAUGUUGGCCUACACUUCGAAACGUGGAAUACAGGUGUUCUUGGUCCCAUCACCCUGAAAGGUCUCAGUUCCGGGACAUGGGACUUGUCUAACUGGAAAUGGUCUUACAAGGUCGGGCUGAAAGGUGAAGCUCUGGAUCUCCACACUGUAAGCGGGAGCUCAUCUGUCGAAUGGGUCAAGGGAUCAUUACUGGCUCAAAAACAACCCUUGACGUGGUACAAGACGACUUUCAAUGCGCCAGCAGGAAAUAGCCCAUUAGCCUUGGACAUGUGGAGCAUGGGAAAGGGUCAAGUAUGGAUAAAUGGGCAGAGCAUCGGGCGUCACUGGCCAGCAUACAAUGCCCAUGGCACUUGCAGGCCCUGCGAUUAUGCCGGGAUUUUCAGUGAGAAGAAAUGCCGGAGUAAUUGUGGACAGCCCACUCAAAAAUGGUACCAUGUUCCUAAGUCGUGGCUAAACCCGAUAGGGAACCUUCUGGUCAUUUUUGAAGAAUGGGGAGGUGAUCCGACCAAGAUUUCUUUGGUUCAAAGGCAGUGAGAGCUCGCAAGCCCGAAGUUGCUGUUUAAAGAAGCUAUUCAGGACUUGCUGGAGGCUUCUGGGAUCCGAUAUGCUAAGCAACUUCCAUUGCUUCCUCUCCUCGUACAUAACUGCUUGUCCACCAACAAUUAUACGCGUACUUCCAGAUUGUUCGAGCUUCUAACAUGCAGAGGAAUCAUGGCCACUUCUUGGACUUCAACAAAGGGCGAGUGUUGCAUUCAAGACUGCACGCCGUUUGGGUGGAAGUUCGAAAGCAGGUGAUGAAAAAUAACUGCAGAAGAAGCUCUCGAAUCUAUUUGCUUGUGAGAAAUAACUUAUCUUAAUACAGAGUGUGCCUGAAUGAGUGUCAUACAGUUAGCAAUUCAUUUUUUGAGGCUAAAAAGCCCUUUCGAUUGUUUAUAUCUCAACCUUCCCUUUUGAGUCUCAGGGAAGUCCAUAUCAUUGCUUUGUAACUGAUACAUUUGAAAUGCAAUAAAAUACAAGCCCUUCGUACCAGUGGCUUUUCUAUGUUA